UUGAUUGGAUUAUACUAAAUCAGACAUUGACAACAUUGCCAAGAUGGAGAUGGGUAAGUUUUCAGCCUGAGAAAGAUCUGUUGGUUUCUUGCUAUGUAGAUUCGCAUUCCUCAGGUGAGGCGCAGUGGCUUACACUUACAAUCCCAGCACUUUGGGAAGCUGAGGCAGGAGGAUCAUUUGAAGCCAGGAGUUUGAGACCAGCCUGGGCAACACAGUGAGACCAUGUGUCUACAAAAGAUAAAAACAUUAACCAGGCAUGGUGGCUUGUGCCUGUGGCCCCAGCUACUCAGGAGUCCGAGGUGGGAGGAUCACCUGAACCCAGGAGGUUGAGGAUGCAGUGAGCUGUGACUGUACCACUGUACUCUAGCCUGGACAACAGAGUGAAACUCUAUCUCAAAAAAAAAAAAAAAAAAGCUUCUCAUUCCUCCCAUGUCAAGUGUUCCCACUGGCUUCUCUUUAAUUUAUCCCCUGAAUGACAUAAAAAAUUUACUACCAAAUCAUGUUCCUACCCUCCCAUCAAUUUUCCUAUGGGCUCACUUUUUAGAAGGAAUGGGUGUAGAAUAUUAUCACCUCUGUCUUGGAAAAAAAUAAGCCCUGCAAUAAAUGAAAUAAUUAGUUUUGUGGGUUUUAAUAACUUUUAACACUAUGAUUAGAGAUAGUGUUCUCUUAGUUAUCUACUGUAUCACAUUCUUAUCUUUUUGCAUGUCAAUUUUGACAGUUAUGAAUAUGGAAGGUAAUAAUUACUAUACAACCUGUGUCUAUAAAUAGACAUUUAAAUAACCACCAUUGCCAGUGACUUGUCUACAAUAGCUAUAAUGAAUAAACUCAUUUGUCAUCAUCAUUUUCUGUAAAAAAAAAAAAGACAUGCCUUUGCUGACAAACCUUCAACAAAAACUGAUCCAUUCAGUUUCUCUCUAGAGUAAUAAUUAUGUUUUCUAUAAUUAUAAUGUUUUCUGGUAUUUCUAUGAGCUUUUCUGAGGGUGUUCCAGGAAAGGUUUCUAUGAGCAUCAAACAAUGAAUCAAAAAGUAUGGGAACUUAAACUCUGCAUAGGAUUGUUCUAAAAUUGAUGGUACUUUGAACAGUAUGAAACAAUUAUAUUGCCUUGUUAUCAAUGGAAGAUAACAUACCCGGGAAAUCAUGACCAUUACAGCUGAUACAUUUAAGAAGUGUCUUAAGAGUGAAUAUGGUUAAGUCCUUAUAAAAAUAUUUUUCAAAAUAUUUUCUCUAAUAUGUUGAGAAAUAUCAGUAAUUUAUAAGCCUUUUAAAAUUAAAUGGAAAAAAGUCAUAUCUUUGUGAAGCUCUCAGGUUUUAGCAUUUAUAGUCCAUCAGACUAUAGAGAAAUAAAAUAGAAGAGUGAAAAAAUUUUUUCUGAAGCAUUAAAAUGCACACGCACUGGGAAACAUUUAGUUUCAGUGCAAACUUUUCAUCCUGGUCAGUCAUUCCCACUUGAGGGUUUUGACUGCAAUUUUCCCAGCACCGAGACAUAAAUGUGAGACAAUUCGCUUGGAGGAGUGGGGAGGUAAUUAGCCUAUCUCAUAUCAAGCCGUCUAUAUUUUCUAUGACUGCACAAGGUGGUGUAGAGAAAUUCCCUGGACCAAUAGAACCUCAGGAGACAAGUGGGGGAAGUCGCGUAUAUGGUGCAAGUUCUCCCAGAUAACUCGAUCGCCCUCUAGGUUGCAUUUACAAACAGUUCGGGAGGCUACUCUGACCGCUUCGCCACCAGGGAGUAUGAGGAAAGGGGCCGGAUUCCUCCCAGUAGGAGGACUAUCUGGACCAAAGAAAGAGGCUGGCGACAGGAAGGAAGGAUAGAUCAAGCGUUUGAAUAGCAGCUACAGGGCAACCUAAUGCCUGUGCAGUGUUAACAGGCGCGCGUCACACACAGCUCCCCCGUCGCCCCUUCCCCCCAAGCACCCCUCCGCCGUGUGUCACCUUCCUGUUCGGAAGUCUUAGUAGGUUGCUGGGACAGAACAGGGGGCGCCUGCUCCACCCAUCAGGUAUCCGGUUGGAAGAAAAGCCAGUCUCAACAACUUGAUUCUCUCGGUUAAAUUAUAAGUUUAGCCGACCAUCCGUCUCCAAGUGCUGAACAUUAGGGUAGGGGAGGAAGGAGUACAUCAGACGUUCCUUUCUUUUCCAACCACAAAUCAUACGGUUGCAUCUAUUCUCUAUUCCGCGUAGAGCCCUCCGACUUGAAUGCCACGUUCCUCCCGGAAUGCAUGCCACAGAGCCUCUGAGAAAAUGAACCCUGUGCAUGUGUUUUGAAUUUUUUCCGGACUGAUUUGUGAGGAUCAUCAGUUAAGUUACAUUUCUUGUGUGCGUGCUGGGGGUGUAAUAAAGCUAGGACGCUGAUGACUGUAAUUUUCUGAGUGAUGUCGCAAUGGGGAGAAUAAAUGGCCCAGUGUUGAACUUUGCAGCUUGCUCCCUUCCUGUAUUUAAAUUGCCUUGAUAUAAAGUGGGGCUCAUAACAGAACAGGGAUAGCCGUUUCUGGCUCGUGCUCUCAUGUCAUCUCAGAGUUCCAGCUUAUCAGAGGCAUGUAGCAGGCAGGCUUAUUCCAGCCAUAACUGGGCUCUACCUCCAGCCUCCAGAAGUAAUCCCCAACCUGCAUAUCCUUGGGCAACCCGCAGAAUGAAAGAAGAAGCUAUAAAACCCCCUUUGAAAGCUUUCAUGAAGCAGAGGAGGAUGGGUCUGAACGACUUUAUUCAGAAGAUUGCCAAUAACUCCUAUGCAUGCAAACACCCUGAAGUUCAGUCCAUCUUGAAAAUCUCCCAACCUCAGGAGCCUGAGCUUAUGAAUGCCAACCCUUCUCCUCCACCAAGUCCUUCUCAGCAAAUCAACCUUGGCCCGUCGUCCAAUCCUCAUGCUAAACCAUCUGACUUUCACUUCUUGAAAGUGAUCGGGAAGGGCAGUUUUGGAAAGGUUCUUCUAGCAAGACACAAGGCAGAAGAAGUGUUCUAUGCAGUCAAAGUUUUACAGAAGAAAGCAAUCCUGAAAAAGAAAGAGGAGAAGCAUAUUAUGUCGGAGCGGAAUGUUCUGUUGAAGAAUGUGAAGCACCCUUUCCUGGUGGGCCUUCACUUCUCUUUCCAGACUGCUGACAAAUUGUACUUUGUCCUAGACUACAUUAAUGGUGGAGAGUUGUUCUACCAUCUCCAGAGGGAACGCUGCUUCCUGGAACCACGGGCUCGUUUCUAUGCUGCUGAAAUAGCCAGUGCCUUGGGCUACCUGCAUUCACUGAACAUCGUUUAUAGAGACUUAAAACCAGAGAAUAUUUUGCUAGAUUCACAGGGACACAUUGUCCUUACUGACUUCGGACUCUGCAAGGAGAACAUUGAACACAACAGCACGACAUCCACCUUCUGUGGCACGCCGGAGUAUCUCGCACCUGAGGUGCUUCAUAAGCAGCCUUAUGACAGGACCGUGGACUGGUGGUGCCUGGGAGCCGUCUUAUAUGAGAUGCUGUAUGGCCUGCCUCCUUUUUAUAGCCGAAACACAGCUGAAAUGUAUGACAACAUUCUGAACAAGCCCCUCCAGUUGAAACCAAAUAUUACAAAUUCCGCAAGACAUCUCCUGGAGGGCCUCCUGCAGAAGGACAGGACAAAGCGGCUCGGGGCCAAGGAUGACUUUAUGGAGAUUAAGAGUCAUGUCUUCUUCUCCCUAAUUAACUGGGAUGAUCUCAUUAAUAAGAAGAUUACUCCCCCUUUUAACCCAAAUGUGAGUGGGCCCAACGACCUGCGGCACUUUGACCCUGAGUUUACCGAAGAGCCUGUCCCCAACUCCAUCGGCAAGUCCCCUGACAGCGUCCUUGUCACAGCCAGCGUCAAGGAAGCUGCCGAGGCUUUCCUAGGCUUCUCCUAUGCGCCUCCCACGGACUCUUUCCUCUGAACACUGUUAGAGCUUGGUUUUAAAGGAUUUUAUGUGUGUUUCUGAAUGUUUUAGUUAGCCUUUUGGUGGAGCCGCCAGCUGACAGGACAUCUUACAAGAGAAUUUGCACAUCUCUGGAAGCUUAGCAAUCUUAUUGCACACUGUUUGCUGGAAGCUUUUUGAAGAGCACAUCCUCCUCAGUGAGCUCAUGAGGUUUUCAUUUUGAUUCUUCCUUCCAACGUGGUGCUAUCUCUGAAACGAGCGUUAGAGUGCCGCCUUAGACAGAGGCAGGAGUUUUUAGAAAGCGGACGCUGUUCUAAAAAAGGUCUCCUGCAGUUCUCUCUGGGCUGUGAUGACGAAUAUUAUGAAAUGUGCCUUUUCUGAAGAGAUUGUGUUAGCUCCAAAGCUUUUCCUAUUGCAGUGUUUCAGUUCUUUAUUUUCCCUUGUGGAUAUGCUGUGUGAACAGUCGUGUGAGUGUGGUAUGCCUGAUCACAGAUGGAUUUUGUUAUAAGCAUCAAUGUGACACUUGCAGGACACUACAACGUGGGACAUUGUUUGUUUCUUCCAUAUUUGGAAGAUAAAUUUAUGUGUAGACUUUUUUGUAAGAUAUGGUUAAUAACUAAAAUUCAUUGAAAUGGUCUUGCAAUGACUCGUAUUCAGAUGCUUAAAGAAAGCAUUGCUGCUACAAAUAUUUCUAUUUUUAGAAAGGGUUUUUAUGGACCAAUGCCCCAGUUGUCAGUCAGAGCCGUUGGUGUUUUUCAUUGUUUAAAAUGUCACCUGUAAAAUGGGCAUUAUUUAUGUUGUUUUUUUUUUUUUUGCAUUCCUGAUAAUUGUAUGUAUUGUAUAAAGAACGUCUGUACAUUGGGUUAUAACACUAGUAUAUUUAAACUUACAGGCUUAUUUGUAAUGUAAACCACCAUUUUAAUGUACUGUAAUUAACAUGGUUAUAAUAUGUACAAUCCUUCCCUCAUCCCAUCACACAACUUUUUUUGUGUGUGAUAAACUGAUUUUGGUUUGCAAUAAAACCUUGAAAAAUAUUUACA